AUGGCGAGCUGGUGGACGGCUGCAGACGUCCUGGACAAUCUGGACCUGGAGCAGAACUCCAUCGUGUCUCGAGUCAUUCAGGCAGUUGGGCUGUUUGGAGAUAUUCUGUCAUUAGAGGACACGAUGGAACCGAUGCUGAUGGAGGAGGAAGAGGAGGAGGAGGAGGGGAAAGGUGAAGACGACAGAGCGGGACAAGAGUUCAGAAGUGAGAGUGGAGGAGAGGAAAAAGAAAGUGAUGAGGACGAAGAGGUGGACGAAAAAAGAUCUCACGAGGAAGAUGAAGAAGCAGUAGGAGAGAAUGAGGAGAAAGGAAAGACACAAGAAGGAGAGACAGAAGAAACCGAAGAGAAUCAGGAGAUUGAGUCAGAAAACGAAGAAACUGAUGAGAAAGAUAAAGUGACAGCUGAAGAAGAGGUGGAACAAUCUGAAGAAAAUGAGAAGAAUGAGGAAGAUGAAGAAAGACAGGAACAAGACAGAGAGGCGGAGGAAGAACAGGUGGAAACAACUAAAGAGAAUCAGGAGCUCAAGUCUUCUGAGGCAGGAAGUGAAGAAGUGACAGCUGAAGAAGAGGUGGAAGAAUCUGAAGAAAAUGAGAAGAAUGAGAGAGUAGAGAAAGGAAAAGAUGGAGAAAGCAAGGAACAAGACAGAGAGAUGGAGGAAGAAGAGAUGGAAAAAGAUGAAUUUAGGUCUCAUGAGGAUGAAGAAAUAGGAAAAGAAGAAUGUAAGGAGAAACAAAAUGAGGAAGAGGAGACAGCUGAAUGUAAAGAAAAGGAGGAACUUCAAGCUCAUGAGGAAAAGAAAGAGAAUGACAGAAGAGAAAUAAAAGAAAAAGAAGAAUUUACAUCUCAUGAGGAUGAAAAAGUAGGAAAAGAAGAAUCAGAGACAGAGAUAGAAAGAUCUGAAGAACAUCACGCUGUAGAAGAAACAGAGAGAAAAGAGGAAGCAGCACCAGAACCAGAAAACCAGUCAGACUCCCAGAGACUUUCACCUCCUCAGGACCCUGAAUCUGCCACAACGCUGCAUCACCAAUCAGAGAGCGAAGCAGAAGAAUCUGCCAAAACCCACAGCGAGGACAUUUAUCCCACAUCGCCGAGCAGCGACAAAGAGGCCGAGGACGCCUCUCUGAGCAGCACUUCAGACCAAACCACUGCAGGCUGGACUCAUCUGAAUGUAGCCGAAGCCUCAGAGGACCAGCAGCGGCUUCAGGCUUCGCUUUGUGCCGGAGAAUCAGACUCCACAGACCCUGAGCUGCUCACAGAGCUGCAGGCUUCAGGUUGCAGGUUGAGGGAGAAGAAAGUGUCGCUGCCGAUGGAGGACGAGCUGGAAAAUAAAGACCCUGGUCCGAGCCAGAACUCAUCCAGCACAGAAAACCCUGUGGUGGAGGAGACAGAGAGCAAAGGAAAGAAAGACGAAGGAGGAGGAAGCUCUCCCAAGAUGAACGGAGAUGCAGAUGACAAGAAGAAAGACAGCGGUCAGCCGUCCAAGUACAAAACUGUGUCCUACAGGAGGAUCCGCAGAGGAAACACCAGGCAGAGGAUCGACGAGUUCGAGGCCAUGAUGAACUCAUGAUGGAGCCUGAUGAGUUUCUACAUUACAGCACCGCUGUCAUCUGAGAUUAUAGAGUCUGUGCAUGUAGAAAAUAACAGAAUAUGAUAUGAAUAUGAGUAAUAGGCAGGCCUGCUCAACACAAGACAUUUAACAUGUCAUUAUACACACUAACACAAUGAUACCCAGAAGUGUAUCGUUGGCUGUUUUGUUUUCUA